AUGGGAUUGAAGGACAAGGCUUACAAAUCCAUUCAGCGCGAUGUCAACAAGGUCGUCUCGCAAUGGCUCCAUCACGCGCAUACCGUCUCGAAGCAGCCCGCGGGAGCGGUCGAGCGCGCCAAGCACCAACUCAUAGAGUUACGUCCGGAGUUCGUCAAUAAGUACGAGGAUGCGUGGCCCCUUGACGAUUUGAUCUCAAGGCGGCUCGCGUACACGGCGCGAGAAAUCAAGAAGGGCAUCAGUAAGCCGCAGGACCCAGCAUUCCACGAUAACGUGAAGUCUCUUCCGGCCCAGUCCAUUCUGGGAGCCUUGUAA